CCGGAUUCCUCAUCCUGUCACACACAUCCGGGUACCGCGCAGGAAUGCGGCAGGUGAGAGCGGGAUUAAAUACCUGGAGUGGGCGGGGCCUGUUCUGGUCUGACAGAAACGGCUCCCCGACCUUUGAGACUGUUGAAACCGCAGCGGGAGAGCAGCGAUCAUGGCCACGCACCUCACGCAGGACGCGGUCUUACGUUUCCUGCAGAGCCGCGGGGGCUCGGUGAGGAACGCGGAGCUGCUGCAGCACUUCAGCGACUACAUCCGAGAGCACCCGGACCGGGAUCGGAACCGGGAGCUCUUCAAGAAGUUUGUCAACACCGUGGCGUCAGUGAAACAGAUCGACGGCGUGGUCCAUGUCAUUCUGCGGAGCCGGUUCAGAGGUUCAGGAGACCCCCCCGCACCUCCUCGCCGCUCCGACGGGAGCAAAACCGGGAACUCCGCGGAGACGCGGAGCAUCAGCCCGGCCGCCACCCCGGACGCUCCCCGGCAGAGAGCGGGGAAGGAGCCGCAGAAGGCGGCGCCCGCAGGGCCGAGGGGACCGGGCGGGGAGGCCCUCCCUGCAGCCGGGAUCCUGCAGCCAAACAAGACACCACAGGUCAGCAUGGCUCCGCAGCAGCCAGGAGGACCCAGACCAGCACAGGCGGGCCCGCAGAGAGGAGCCCCGACUGGCACAGAGAAAGGGGUCCUUGGGGGACUGGAGAGAGGGGUUCCGGGACCAGAGAGUAGGGUUUUGGGACCAGGGGGAAGGGAUCCGGCAGGUCCAGGGAGGGUGACACCGGCGGGCCCAGAGAUAGGAGCCCCUUUGGGACCAGAGAGAGGGGUUCCAGGCCCAGACAGAGGGGUCCUGGGACCAGAAAGAGGGGUCCCGGGACCAGGGGGAAGGGCUCCUGCGGGUCAAGGGAGAGUGACACCAGCGGGCCCAGACAUAGGAGCCGCUGUGGGAUCAGAAAGAGGGGCCCCAGGACCAGAGAGAGGAGCCCCGACUGGCCCAGAGAGGGGAGUUCUUGCAGGACUGAAGAGAGGGGUUCCGGGCCCAGAGAGUAGUGUUCUGGGACCAGGGGGAAGGGCUCCGGCAGGUCCAGGGAGGUUGACACCAGCGGGCCCAGAGAUAGGAGUCCCUGUGCGACCAGAGAGAGGGGUUCCAGGAUCAGAAAGAGGGGUUCUGGACCCAGAGAGAGUGGUCCCGGGACCAGAGAGAGCGUUCCUGGGACCAGAGAGAGGGGUCCUAGGGCCAGGGGGAAGGGCUCCUGCAAGUCAAGGGAGGGUGACACCGGUGGGCCCAGAGAUAGGAGCCCCUGUGAGAUCAGAGGGAGGAGUCCCAGGACUAGAGAGAGGGGCUCUGGCGUGUCCAGGGAGAGUGACACCGGUGGGACCAGAGAGAGGAGCCCCAGUUAGUCUAGAGAGAAAUCCCCCUCCGGGCCCAGAGAGAGGGGCUCCAGCAGGUCCAGGUAGAAAGACCCCUGCAGGCCCAGUAAGAGGGACCCCAGGUCCGGAUAGAGUAACGCUGGCAGGCCCAGAGAGAGGGGCCCUGGCGGUAGCUGGGAGAGGGGCUUUGGUGUGUCCAGGGAGAGGAGACCCAACGGGCUCAGAGACGGGGACCCCCAGUGGCCCCAGCCCAUCACAGAACAGCAGCCCAGCUCAGCAGAGGUCACCCUCUGGUGUCCCAGCAGGAUCAGGUGCUAGGCACAAAGAACCUGGCAUAGAGACCCCCAUCCAAGAACCCAGCAAAGGGAGCAGGGGUCACCUGCAGCAGCAGAAGGUUGCCCUGCAGAAGCGCUCCCCUCCUCCUCAAUCCCUCCUCCCUGAACAGGGUAUCCGUCGAAAUUUUAAACACAGGAAAAGCUACAAAUCAGCUGUUUCUCAAGAUGAUGAUGAUGAAGAUGAAUAUGGAGAAGAGAUCCAGACAAGACGAGUGUCAAAAGGAGGAGCGUGGGCCUCAAGUGGUGUGGGGAGAGCUGCCCCCACAACCCCCCCAUGCAGUGUAGACACAUUAGUACCCUCCUCUGUCACCUCUUCAGGGAAAGGGCCCCCACAGAUUUACAUCCACUCCACAGAAGGACAGAUGCCCUCAUCUCGGGGGCCUCCGGGGGUUUGGCCAACAGGACCGUCAGCUGGGUCACAGCUGGAGGUCAGGACAAUGUCAUCCGAGCCCACGCCCACAAGACGCAGCGUGCCUUUUGGAGCAGAUCGCCACAGUGCUCCUGCCCAACAUGCUGACAGGAUCCAGAUGAACACUGGGCCUGCAGGACCGGAUCAGCGCCACCGGCUGUCCCCGAGCCUCAGCAGCAACGCCAGCCUCUCCUCUGAUACUCGGAUAUCCAGCAGUGACCGAAGCCUUCACAGUUCUUCAAGGAGGUCUGAGUGCAGCAGCAGCAGCUCUGAGGAUCUGCUGGCUAGAGCAGAUGGGCCUGGAACUGAACUCCAGAGAUCAGCUUUGGUACCAGAGAACUACACUUCCAGGAGGAAAGGUCCUCCGGCGUGGCACAGCUCUGCAGGAAAUCUUUGUGACGAUCACAAGUCUAUGGACAACCUGUCAGUUCAUCAUCGCUCCACUGACCAGCUCCAUAACGACGACCGCUUUCCCAACCAGCAGAUGCCGUGGUUUUUCUCCACAGGUGACCUCUGUGACAACCCUGAGGAGGCCUACUCCAGCGAAGGCUCCUCCUGCUCUCCUCAGCUCCGGCAGCGUCCUCCGACGGUCCAGCGCACGGACAGCAAGCUGAGGAGCAGGAUGUGCCUGAGCCUGGGCGCAGACCUGGACCAGGUCCUGGACAUGGACCCCACGGGGAAUGAGGCGGCUCGGCUGAUCCGCCUGCAACGCAUCUCCUCCUCACUCAGCCUUCAUCGUAACCUGUCGUCCUCCUCCCUGUCAUCCUGCCCUACGCCUCCUCGCAGCGGCAGCCCCGCCCCUCUGGUUGAUAAUGAGGGGGAGAAUGGAGGGAAGGGGAAGGACUCCAAAGGACAGCCCUUGUUUCCACUGGAGCCUAAGGAGCACUCGUGGAUGGUAAAGGCGGCCGCCGGCUCCUGGGGAGACAUCUACUCGCUGUUCAGAGAGGACCCGUCUCUCCUCAACAAACAAGACUUCAUCUCCGGCUUCACCGUGCUGCACUGGAUCGCCAAACACGGCGACCAUCGAGUCCUCAACACUCUUUGGUACGGAGUUUCAAAGACUGGUUUGAGUUUCGACAUAAACGCCAAGUCCACGGCCGGUCAGACGCCUCUGCACAUCGCCGCUAUCUACAACAGCAAAAAGAUCAUCCAGUUGCUGGUUAGGAGUUUCUAUGCUGACGUGAGGCUUCGAGACAUGGCAGGAAAGAGGCCCUGGCAGUACCUGCAGAACCCCACAGCGGACAUGCUGGAGCUGCUGGGAGCUCAGCAGCAGCUCCAGCUGAAGCAGCUGAAACAGCAGAGAGACGACGCCUCGCAACCCCAGAAGCAGCGCCAUCACGUGCGCCAUAACUUUUCAUUCGCUUCACCCAAGCAGAGGCCCUUGACUUAUAUUGGGAUGACAAAGGUCAAAAGGUCGACAUCUCUUGCUGCGUUCCUCAAAAACAGAUCCCAGCCCUUUGACUGGCACAAGUCCGAGUCCACUGCAUAGUGUGAGUCCACUGACGCGUGUGAGAGAGUACAACGCUCUGCAGGAUCUCCACCGUCCAACACUGAAGGGAGGAAGCACCCCCCCCCCACGAGUCAUGCAUUAAAGAUGCAGAAGAAAAAUGAACUCAUUGUUUGUAGGCACUGUGUUUUCAUCUUUUAUUACCACUUAUUAAGUCUCAAAGUAAACAUCCAGCACCUUCUCCUUUAAAAACACGCUUCACAGAGCUCUGAAGAAACUGAAAUGUGAUGAAGCUGUUCACAAAUCCACAGUUUCAUUGAUGCUCAGCACAAAACUGCACUAUACGCCACAUUUACCAGCAGUCUUUGUUGAGAAAACCUCUUAAAUCAGGAAUAAGGUCCUGAAAACAAGAAUGUUUCAAGAGUUUUUAAACUUUGAAAGCUUGUUGGGGGGGGUCCAAUGCUCCAGGAGUUCUGAAUGGGAGUCUUGUUCUCCCACUAAUUCAGAUUGUAAGUUCAGAGGUGAAUGCCUCUCAGAUGAACAGCUUGUGCUCAGGUUUCACUGCGUAGACGUGUGAAAAGAUCAAACCUGCAGCUUCUGCGUGAGCUGUCCUCAUAGAUGCACUUGAAAAGCACUUGGUGGAAUUUCUGCAUGAAUGCAAAUUGAUUGUUGUGGGAGUAAAGAAAAGUUGUUGGGAGAUUAGGAGCUGCAGGCAAAGCUGAGCUCGAGUUUCAGUGAGGCGGCGUGGAGACGGCGAGCUGCUGUGACAUGAACGCCUCCCGGAGCACACACUGUUAACAGCUGAGAGACUGACUCCUUCCAGAGCAACAUGUGUUUGAGUCAACACAAAUGAACACAGUCCAGCAUCACAGCCAUCACAGGCACUUCCACAGUCCGGCUGGUGUCUUCAAUCAGAAAUCUUUGCUGUAUUUCCACUAGUUUCUCAUGUCGGGGACGGUUCACGCUCUGUAUUUGUCAUCCCACCUUUUUUUUUCACUCUGAUUUUAGUUUAUUUCCUGCUUUUUCUAAAUGCCUUAUUAAACACUGAUGGUGUAUUUGUCAUCUCA